UCCCUCAGCAACUAUCAAAGUUGUAUCCUGGAAAAACUCCACUACCACGCAAAACAAAACCAAAACACAUGCUCCUCGAUGCCCUAAAACCUCCUCUUCCUUUUUCACAUCUCCUUUUCUCUGCUCCUUAUCUUCCAAGGAAACCCUUCCGCCAAAGCAAGCAAGAUGAUUACUCUCUCCGACUUCUACCACGUCAUGACCGCCAUGGUCCCGCUCUACGUCGCCAUGAUCUUAGCCUACGGUUCCGUCAGAUGGUGGAAAAUCUUCUCCCCAGACCAAUGCUCUGGCAUCAACCGCUUUGUCGCCCUCUUCGCCGUCCCCCUCCUCUCCUUCCACUUCAUCUCCACCAACGAUCCUUACUCCAUGAACCUCCGUUUCAUCGCCGCUGACACCCUCCAGAAGAUAAUCUUCCUCGUGAUCCUAGCCAUCUGGGCCAACUUCAGCAAGAACGGAUCCUUGGAUUGGACCAUCACCCUCUUCUCCCUUUCCACACUCCCAAACACUCUUGUCAUGGGAAUUCCGCUUCUUAAGGGGAUGUACGGAAAUUUCUCAGGCAGCUUGAUGGUCCAGAUUGUCGUCCUGCAGUGUAUCAUUUGGUACACGUUGAUGCUCUUCAUGUUUGAGUACAGAGGCGCGAAGAUACUUAUCACGGAGCAGUUCCCGGACACGGCUGGAUCCAUUAUCUCCAUCGCCGUCGAUUCUGAUAUAAUGUCACUUAUGGAUGGCCCAGAGAUGCUAGAGACAGAGGCCGAGGUGAAGGAGGAUGGUAAGCUUCAUGUGACGCUGCGGCGAUCGAACGCAUCCCGGUCAGAUAUAUUCUCAAGACGGUCGGGUGCUACUCCACGGCCGUCCAACCUGACAAAUGCUGAGAUAUACUCGCUGCAGUCGUCGCGGAAUCCGACACCGAGGGGUUCGAGCUUCAACCACACUGAUUUCUAUUCGAUGGUGGCCGGCGGACGGAAUUCCAAUUUUGGCUCUGCCGAUUUAUCGAGGGGUCCCACACCGAGGCCGUCGAAUUUUGAAGAGGACAGUGGUAAUGCUUCCAAGUCCCGGUUCCACUACAACGUGGGUUCUGCAGGGUCAGCUGGAGGGGCGAAUUACCCAGCCCCAAAUCCGGACAUGCUUUUGCCGAUGACUGGUUCCAAGACCAUCCCGUCUACGAAUGGCCUACCUACUUCAGCAGCGAACUCUGCUGUGAAAAGGCCCAAUGGGCAGCAAUCCGUUUCGAAAUCCGAUGAAGUGGCAAAAGAUCUUCAUAUGUUCGUUUGGAGUUCAAGCGCAUCUCCGGUUUCGGAGGCGUUUGGGAAUCAACACGAAUUGAGUACGGCAGAAGAAGUUCGUAUGGAGGUCUUGCCAGGCAAAGGCGAAGGGCAGCAGGAGCCGCAAGAAGAGUAUUUGGAGUGCAACGAAAUCAACUUCGCUGAUACACGAGAGAUAGAAAUGCAGGAAGAAGUUGAUGGGAAUAGGAGCAAUGGAGGGAAGAAAAAUGCCAUGCCUCCAACCAGUGUGAUGACUAGGCUUAUCUUGAUAAUGGUGUGGAGGAAGCUAAUUCGUAAUCCAAACACCUACUCCAGCUUAAUUGGUCUCACUUGGUCUCUAAUCUCCUUCAGGUGGCAUGUUCAGAUGCCUGCCAUUGUGGCCCAGUCCAUUUCCAUACUGUCGGAUGCAGGCCUUGGAAUGGCCAUGUUUAGCUUGGGUUUGUUCAUGGCAUUGCAGCCAAGGAUCAUAGCAUGUGGGAAUUCCGUUGCAGCUUUUGCAAUGGCUGUGAGAUUCCUUACAGGUCCAGCUAUCAUGGCUGCUGCUUCCCUAGCUAUUGGACUGCGAGGCGAUCUCUUACACGUGGCCAUAGUACAGGCAGCUCUCCCUCAAGGCAUUGUUCCCUUUGUAUUUGCAAAGGAAUACAACGUACACCCGGAUAUUCUCAGCACGGCGGUUAUUUUCGGGAUGCUGAUUGCAUUGCCAAUAACACUCGUUUACUACAUUUUACUUGGGCUGUGAAAUGGGCACCAAUAAGACUCGACCCUCGAUCUAUGAGGACCACCAAAGAGAUAGGGCACUGAAUCGGAUCCGAAAGGUUAUAUCUUUGUACCCCGAAAUGAGUAUUGUAGAGAAUUGUAAAACGGUGAUGUAGUGAAUUGAGCUCUUUUUGUUUUCACGCUGGAAGCGCUUUGAUAAAGAGGAAUUAUAGGGACCGUGGUCGGGUGAUCUAGACCACUGAUCUGAUUUGUUCUUGUUGUA